CCCCCCCAGGUGGCCAAUCCCAACGGUCCAGCUGGCAAGUCGCUAUUGGAGGGUUGGGCGGCUGAGCACAACACGUCAAAGCCUGAGAACAUGCUGCAGUUGGGGCGGCUGGGAGGCGGAGGCAGCGACUCUUCACCAUUCUUGCAGCACCUUGGGAUUGCCGCAGCAGACACUUACUUUGGAGGAUCCUACCCCAUGUACCACAGUGUGUACGACAACUACCAUUGGAUGGCCAACUUUGCCGAUCCACUCUUCAAGCGCCACGUGGCAAUCGCCAAGCUCAUGGCUGGCGUGGCUGCCAGGCUGGCAGGCAACCACCGCCUGCCCUUCAACUACACCGCCUAUGCCGUCCACCUGGAGCAUGACGUGUCUAGGCUGCAGGCUGACGUGGCAGAACGAGGCGCCUCAUCAUCUCUCUCCGUGGCGCCACUCUUUGCGUCUGUCUCUCACCUCCUAGCUGCUGCUCAAAGCAUUGAAGCGGAAAUUGAGGCAAUCGAAACGAGCAGCACUGGGUGCCAGUGCAGGGGGGGAACGUGUCCCAUGGAGGGCGCAUCUGGGGAAGGUGGCAACUGCCCGGCGUCCAAGGCCCUUGACGGGGUGAACGAGCGCCUCUUUCUGGCGGAGCGGGGGUUCCUGGACGGGCGUGGCAUCGGGCCUCACUACACGUGGUUCAAGCACCUGGUGUACGGCCCUGAGAAGGACAACGUCUAUGCCACGUCACCAUUCCCGGGCAUCCGUGAUGCCAUUGCUGACGUCAUCAAGAGCAGCGCCUCUAAGGGAAAUCUCGAAGAUGGGGUGGGUGGUGCGGUGAAGGGGAGAAGCAGUAGUGAGGGUGGGGAGGAGUGGAGUGCGGUGCAGCAUGAGAUUUUCCGGGCGGCACGGGCAAUUGAGCGGGCGGCGAAGAUCCUCAAGGGGCAGCUGCUGUGA